CCGCAUAGCGCUCAAAGCGCACGCGUGGUUGUUAAACGAACUAUUUUUCCUAUUUUUGUUUACCUUUUUUCUCCGCGAGAAUUGUUUUCAUUUCCGGCAGAAAUGAAAUUCAGGGAUUUUAUCCUGGAAAGAGCUAAAAAAUUAGAUGAAAGAACAAACAUAACCUCAAAUGGUGCCAGGAAACUCCCGGAAUGUGAAGAAAAUACAGAAAUAAGCAAAAAUACAUCAUGUCAUGAGAAUUUAGAGAGGCAGGGAGGGAAUUAUCGGGUAAUCCCCAAAUUCUACCAUCCAACACCACGUCCAGUUGAGAGUUUAAUGUACAAACUCCGUGAGCACGUACGAACGUUAUUCCUGAAGAAGCAAAGUGAGAUGCUGCUCAAUAAUGCGGAUCUCAAGACAUUCUGGAUGAUACUGGAAAAUCAAUUUUCCCGCCGUACCCACAACGGGGAGCUAUACAUAACCUUCAGUGACUACAUUAAUCUCAGUAGUACCCUCAAGCCUGUCUACCGGCGAAUGCUCACUGUGAUGGCUUUUGCGCGACUUCAGUCAAUUUCCAGCCUCCCGGGGAAGAUCAGUGUAAUCUCCCUGUUCAACUAUGUCAUGCGCAAGGUGUGGAUACAGCAAACGCGCAUCUCCCUGUCGCUGUAUGAUCACAAUGGGCUGGGAUACCUGAGGGAAUCUGACCUGGAGAGCUACAUUCUCGAGCUAAUCCCAACCCUUCUGCAGCUGAAGGGGCUCGAAAAGACCUUCUACAGCUUCUACGUGUGCACGGCUGUCCGGAAGUUUUUCUUCUUUCUCGAUCCCGCACGCACGGGGAAGAUUCGCGUGCGUGACAUCCUCUCGCAUUCCUUCCUGGAUGAACUUAUGGAGCUGCGUGACGAUGAGAGCCCCAAGGAUUCCCAGGAGCUCAAUUGGUUCUCCGCCCCGUCAGCCCUUAGCGUUUACGGGCACUACUUGAAUCUCGAUAAAGAUCACAAUGGGAUGCUGAGCAAAGCAGAGCUGAUGGGCUAUGGCUCCGGAACCCUCACGUCCGUCUUCCUCGAUCGCCUCUUCAGUGAAUGCCUCACGUACGAAGGGGAGAUGGACUACAAGACCUACCUGGAUUUCGUCCUUGCCAUGGAGAAUCGUACGGAAAUUCAGAGUCAGCAGUACAUCUUUCGCCUUCUUGACCUGCAUCAGCGUGGCUUCCUCACCCCGUCGGAUCUCAAAUUCUUCUUCAAGGGCAUUGAGGAGCAAAUGGCAGCUCAUUGCGUGGAAACGGUGCACUUUGAUGAUCUCAAAGAUGAAAUUUACGACAUGGUCAAUCCCAAGAAUCCCACCCAGAUCACCUUUGCGGACACUGCACGAUGCGGACAGGGGCCCACAAUGAUGUCAAUUCUCAUUGAAUUCCACAAAUUCUGGAGCUAUGAGAAUCGCGAGGCUAAAUCCGAACUCCCUGAUGAUAAGUACCUCCAGUAAAAGGAGCUGAAAGAGAAGGAAGAAGCUAAAAAGCUAAAAAAAAAUGAAAAUAAAAUUGUGUCAGAAGUGGGAUUCGAACCCACGCCCACAGAAGUGGACUGCGACCUGAACGCAGCGCCUUAGACCACUCGGCCAUCCUGACAUGAAGCGCCAGCUCAGCAGGAGCUGCCACUGCGCUCAGAGGACUGAAAGGGGCGCAUCAGUGCACUUUUGCAGUACCCCAAUGCCUCGUUUUUAUCACAAAAGUGUACUUAAGCCAUAUUUUUUUGUUAAUUAAGUCUAAUUAAUUAUUAAUUUAAUUAAGACAUAAUGUGGUAUACCAACUAAUAACCUGUAAUGAUGCCAGCUUAAAGUUUUUUUUAAAU